CCGUUAGUUACUAUAACUUAUUGUCACCCAUCAUGAACACUGCUGCUCCAAGCCAUACCGUAUCAUCUAGCAAGCCUACUGUAGCUGAUAAUUCUGGUGUUACAAAAAGACUGCAAAGCGAGCUCAUGUCACUCAUGAUGGCAAAGAUACCUGGCGUAUCAGCAUUUCCUGAAGCCGAUAACCUCAUGUCAUGGAUUGCGACCAUCAUUGGCCCUCAAGACACACCCUAUGUGGGUCUCAAGUUUAAACUGUCAAUGAAGUUUCCUCCCACCUAUCCCUACACAGCACCCCAAGUCAAAUUCGAAUCGAAUUGUUAUCAUCCCAAUAUCGACAUGAGUGGAAACAUUUGUUUGGAUAUUCUCAAGGAUAAAUGGUCGGCCGUGUAUAAUGUUCAAACAGUGCUGCUGUCGCUGCAGAGUCUGCUGGGAGAGCCAAAUAACGAUAGUCCAUUAAAUGCGCAGGCCGCCCAGCUUUGGGGAAAUGAUGCCGAGUAUAUUCCACAUGUUUUAAGCCACUACAAUGCAGGCAAUAUAUAAUAUAUUUCGUUUUUAAACGAUGGGCCUGUUGGCUUGAACUAUACUUGUUGAGAUGUGCAGGUCUGCGUUGGGCAGCACUGAUCGAAUGGGAGGCUCCAAAUCGUUUGGAAUGUUUUAUCUGCAUUAGAAACGCAGCCCAUUUAAAUCACAUUGGAAUAAACAACAAAAAAUAUGAUUAAAGUUUUCAUUGAAGUAAUGUAGAGAAUAAAAUCAAAAGGGAAUCAAAUGUGCACCAUGACUGGUUCAAAAGCAAAACUGUAGUGGUUGCCAGAGAAAUACAGGUUCGGACCCAUGGCAUUGCUUUACUAUUGUGACGAAAGAGGCGAUGUGACGGUGGGUUGAAUAGCGUCAACAUCUCCAUUUGUGCCAGCAGAUUUGGUAGAAGCAGACGUUACAAAAGGUUCAGAUAGCUCAGCAAUAGGCGAUACGGUAAUCGCCGGUUUUACUAUGGGAAGACAAGAAGUUUGGGAUGUUUUCCCACGCUCCAAUAGCAAGGCUACAGCAGUAGGGUUAGAUACUGUCGACUCAUUUAUAGCUCCUUCUGCAGCUGUAUCUCGAGGUGAACAUAAUAGAGUGUUUGACUGCAAAGGAGUGGAUGUAGUACGAGCGAUGCUCAACAAUGGCAAAGAAUCCGCGGUUGAUACACGAGGAUUGUUUGACUGUAAUCGCAUCGAUGGACUAAACAGUUCCCCCAGCGCACGAGGCAUCGCCGGAGACUGCUUAACAGUUGGGCUGCCAAUCGAUUCGACAAUCGAAGACUGUUCACCACCAAGCUGGCUUUGCGAUCGCGAUCUUGUCAUGGUUGAGUAGGCAAUAGAUGCAGCAUCCCAGCCUGAGAUAUGUGAUGGUCGUGCGGCCGAGUUUCGACUGCCAGCACUAGUUCGCGCAUUCAUUCCAGACACUUUACUUUCAUC